GUACCCAUUUUACAAUCCAACCCGGAAGGCGGGCGUGCCAAGAAAACCCUAGCUAUAAAUGAGUCAAUAUGCACAGAGUUCGUCUCUUCCAUCUUCCACCCCUCUUCGUGUCGGGAAGUCGGCACUUCUGUCAAUUCAAGGUUUCCUGUUCCCUGCAGAGAUGAAGUUGAUCGCGGCCUAUUUGCUGGCUGUUCUGGGAGGGAACACCACUCCAUCUGCUGAAGAUUUGAAGGUCAUCCUUAACUCUGUUGGAGCUGAAACUAAUGACAAUAGAAUUGAGCUCCUUUUGUCACAAGUUAAGGGCAAAGAUGUAACAGAGCUUAUUGCAUCUGGGAGGGAGAAGCUGGCAUCUGUUCCUUCUGGUGGUGGGGGUGCUGUUGCCGUUGCUGCAACUGCUUCUGCUGGUGGCGGUGGUGGUGGUGCUGCAGCUCCUCCUGCAGCCGAGGCAAAGAAAGAGAAGGAGGAGGAAAAAGAAGAGUCGGAUGAUGACAUGGGCUUCAGUCUCUUUGACUAAGGGACAAGUAUGGUUGCCACACCAACAUUCUGUCCCCAAUCCGGAGCUUAUCAUUGUGUGUAGGAAGUUUUUUCCCCAGUAUGGUUUUUGUUUGUUAGAAGAGACUUGUGAUGGGCUAAAAUGCCUAUUAUCACCAACGAGUAAGAUUUUUUUUUAAAAGAAAACUUGGGAUUUAUUGAAUUUUGGAAACUGAAUUAUAUCGACUCAUUCUUGAUGAAUUGUUUUAACAUUGUUGCUGCACUGCGUCAUACUUAAAUCAGAAAUCUCUUUGCCCCAA